AUGGCCUCGAGCCACCACCACCUCAUGACCGCGAGCCCCGGCGGCGGCAGCGCCCCUGGCGAGCUCUCCCCUUCGUUUGCCCAGACAGGCGCCGAGUUCAGCCUCGACGACAGCGACGUGGACGACUUUGACCUCCACGACCAAGCGCGCGACGGCCGAGACGACGAUGCGUACGAGAUGCGCGCCCCGAGAAGAGCGGAGCACUGGGACGCUGGGGACGACGACAAGUUGACAACGGACUCGUCGGUGGAUAGCUUCCAGCUGUACACGCCCGACGAGGAGAUGGCCGUCCGGCGGAAAUUCGACAGGCGACUCGUCUUGUUCGUCGCGCUUCUCUACAUGCUCAGCUUCCUGGAUCGAUCGAAUAUUGGCAACGCGCGCAUCGCAGGCAUGGACACCGAUCUCCAGUCCACCCCGGCGCGUGCGGACUGGUACGAAUGGGCCCUCACGUCCUUCUACAUCUCCUACAUUGCCUUUGAGUGGAUGUCCCUCCUCUGGAAGGUCAUCCCGGCACACAUCUACGUCUCCAUGCUCGUCCUGUCCUGGGGCCUGCUCGCCUCACUGCAGGCCGUGGCGACCUCGUACCCCGUGCUCAUCGCGCUGCGGACGCUCCUGGGCAUCGGCGAGGCCGGCUUCACCGGCAUCCCCUUUUAUCUGAGCUUCUUCUUCAAGCGCCACGAGCUCGCUUUUCGCACCGCCCUCUUCAUCUCCGCCGCGCCCCUCGCGACGAGCUUUGCGAGCGUCCUGGCAUGGGCCAUUGUCCGGGUCGGCGAGCACAGCCCCAUUGCGCCGUGGCGGCUGCUCUUCCUCAUCGAGGGCUUUCCGUCCGUCAUCGUCUCGGUCAUCGCCUGGUCCGUGAUCCCCGAUUCCCCCCAGACGGCGUCCUACCUCACCAAGCGCGAGAAGAAGGUCGCCCGUCUCCGUCUACGCGCCGAACAGCCCUCGUCGUCUUCUUCGACCAAGCCGACGUCGGGUCUGAAGCUUGUCGAAGCCCUCGCCGUGCUCAAGGAUCCCGUCGCCUGGCUUCCCGCAUGCAUGUUCUUCCUCACCAACAUGGCCUACUCCUCCCUGCCUGUCUUCCUCCCCAAGAUCCUCACCGACAUGGGCCACGACGCACUCUCGGCCCAGGCUCUCUCCGCCCCGCCCUACCUCCUCUCCUUCAUCGUCGUGCUGCUCACGGCGCGACUCUCCGAUCGCCUGCGCGCGAGAACACCCCUCAUCGUCUUCCACGCAGCAGCCUCAUGCGCAGGCUACGCCGCACUCGCCUUUGCUGAACCGCUAGCUCUAUCAGCGACCCUCCGCUAUAUAGCCGUCUACCCAGCCGCCGUUGGCUUCUUUAACGUGGUCACGCUACUGAUUACGUGGACCAUUAACAACCAACCUUCAUCAUCUCGUCAGGGGUCAGGCUUUGCAUUGAUGCAGCUCGUCGGUCAGUGCGGACCUCUGGUCGGCACGCGACUGUACCCCGACAAGGAUGCGCCGUACUAUGGCCCUGGCAUGCGGACUUGUGCUGGUGCCAUGCUUCUCGUCACGCUGCUUGCCAUCGCCCUACGGUUCUUCCUGCAGUAUCGCAAUCGGAAGCUGGACAAGGAAGAGCAAGCGAUGGGUGAACAUGGUAGCUUGGUGGAAGAGGAGGGUCUGGUUGGUUCGGGGCGGAAGAAGACAACGGGCCAGCCAUUCCGAUACAUGCUCUAG